UGCACAGAAUCCCAUUCAUUUUACACAGGAUUUAAGAGAAGUUAGAGAGAACUCGAGAACAUAUCUGGUGCUUCAGAAAACUGACAUGAACCAAUCACACAUGGCUCUUCUGACAUCCGCCCUCGUCAUUGUCCUUCUUACAACAGCCUCCGCUAAGCCGAUUCGUUGGCGCUGGCAUCAUGAUGCCGACAUCCCUGACAAUUCAGGGAAGCAGGGAUGGCUGGACAGGAAUAGCUGGUGGUCUUGGUGGUGCAAUGACUCUUCGGGCUACGAAGACUCUUCAGAGACGGAGACAGAGACGGAUCAGUCACUGGAGUCAUGGGAAUCUAGUGAAUCUUCGGAAAGCCAAUCUUCAGAGGAGUCUUCUGAGGAAGUUCUGACCACCAAUCCGACCACACCGACUGUGAGCACCACUGCAACUACAGGCAUCACCACAGGAGACGGGGGUGUGAUCUCCACUGAACCAACCACCAUGUCCUCCACUACGCCAGAUGAGAAGGUCACGCCCCCACCAGGGGGAACAACCACACCUGUGUGUGUUACACACUUGAUUCCAACUACAGCUCCCACCACAGAAAACAGAGGAGACAACUAAGUAAACAGCUAACCAUGUGCUUAUUAAUAAAACCUGCAUCAUUAUGAGGAAACUGUGAGUCAAGUUGUGAGAAUUAACCCUCAGUCUGAUUCAAGUGGCAGGUUUCUCAGCGUCAGCAGUGGAGAUACAUGUCACCUAUCUGCCACUGCUAGACUCAUUCCACAAACUCUAUUUCCAAAUUCAAAUGUUCUGUUCACUCCAGUAAUUGACAAAGAUGGCAAUAACAAGUCCUUGGCUCCACAGAUUUAGCUUCAAUCAACCAACUGAGCAGCUUCAACCCACAUCAACCCAAAAAAAUGUCUCUACAAUUCAAAUGAUGUGCAUGAACUGUGGGAUCAAUAACCAACUUCUAGAAAGUACAGGUUUGAUUUUCAGGCCUUUUGCUGUUUUACAGAAAGAAAAAAACUUCUAAUUCCAAUUUCACAUUUUACAUAUUGAAACAAAUAUAAAGAAUCAUAUUAGGGACAUUCAAAGUGUUGUUAAAAACACUCUCACAGCUGAUUCACAGGUUCUGAGUUUUAACAUGCCACUACUGAUUUUUUGGAAGUCGGACUUUCACUCAUCAAUAAGUCUUUUGACAAAUGGUGCCUUGCAAAAAUAGUGUUUUAUUUACAUAUGUAUAUUAUUUGGUUUUAAAUGUACCAUCAGAUGUAUUAUUGACAUUACACUGAGUGUUCUGUUGUUGUUGUUGUUUGAAAUGACAGGAAGACCUGCACUGUUUUAGCCAGGAAAGACCAGACCGCGUAGAGACGUCGACAAAACAACCACAUCAUGUGGCUCUGUUGUUUUUUACAUUUAAGUCUGAACUGGUCAGGAAUGUACGGGCAGGUCACUAUGGUGGAUUCCGGUGUGCCAGAAAUAGUCAGUGUUUCUAUAUAGCUAUGCUCCUGAAACACUGUUUAGAGUAUUUAUUUGUAUUUCUAUUUUAUUGUUAGCAUUUCAUAGGAUUUUUAGUUUUUUACCUGUUGCACACGGUUGUUAAAACUAGUGCACAGUAGAUGAUUAUCAUAACAAAUAUAAUAGACUGAAAUUAUCCGCCCAAAAAAAAUAAACCAACCAUCUGCUUGAAGCAUCCAGAGUAUGUACCCCACAGCAGUGUGUUUACAGACUGUGGCGGGUGUGUCCUGUUUGUCUUGUUAGCUCUCGUCUGUUGUCUGUACACGCCGAAUAAGGCUGAGUUAUUGCCACGGUUGGUUGCUUUAAUUACAGGUUGUAAAUUCAUCUUUUCCCAAAUGAAAUAUGGCUCACAGGGCUGAAGACAACCUUCAUGUUAUCGGCUUGCUUCUAUUUUAAAUGUGUGAUAUUCUUAAUUUUGUCGAACCAGACCUGAUGUUCAUGACUGGAUGUGAUGUAUGUAACAGUAUUCAUUUGUUCCCCCGAAUGAAAAA